CAAAAGCGGCCGGGCAUCAGCGACUUACACCUUGCUUGUGAUUGUGUGUGGGCCUGUUCAACCCUUGGCCCAGCUAACUUUCGCUUCAUCCAAACUGUCCAGCCCGGAAAACCAUCGUUUCAAACGCUCUCCGUCGUUCUCUUCACCUUCGUUGCGCGUGUCUUCUUCUUUGCCCUGCGUUUUUUUCCCUUUCGACACUCGCUCCGCAACGCGUUUAUCCUUCUUCCCAAUCUCUUCCUCGAUUCCUUCUUUGCAUAGGGGCGCAGUCUUUCCCAUCUUCGGCGUCCGGCACCGCGCCUGAUCACCUCAUCCUCCGCGUGUUCGACCGGAAUAAAGCAUCUCGCGCUGCUGUUUGCUCCGCCUAGCUCUCACGAAACCACUGCUCACGACCGCGUCCUUGCACCUUCUCGGGCUGGUCGACGCCAGCUUCGUCUGAGGCCAUCGCCUGGCCCUACAAGUCCUCUCCCAACCGUCCUGCACAGAUGGCCUACAAUCACCAAAGACUCUCGACAAUGUCGAGCCUCAGUAGCUCUGUGCCCCGUCCGCCCAACGGCCAGUCUACCCAAGUCUCCGUCCAGACCCUCCUAAAUGCGCUGCACACGAGCUAUUCCAAUGGCUUACCUCACCCUCUGGAGGCGAGUACGAGCCUGGUCGUGAACACAUGGCAAACGGCUCAGGCUGUGGGCGUAGACGGUCGCUACGGUGGCACCACGGAUCAGGAACUUGCUCGAAAAGCGUGGGAGCACGCCAGAAGACGAGCAGAAGAUGCAUGCAUAAUUCUUGGUUCGUUACACGAUUCCACUCCUGCAAUGAUGGCGCCCAUGGUCUCCUGCCUGCCUAUCCAAGCGCCCAGCAGCUUCUAUGCAGCCUUGGAGGUCGUGAGGGCCCUCACGCACUGUUCAACUGCCAAAAACCCUUCCUUCCCUCGUUACUCUGCGCUCUCUGCCAAGUUCGACGUCACUAUCGGCGAGGGUGAGAUUGUAUCUGCUUCUCUUGCCCUUUCCAAGUCCGGACUUGAUACAGAGCGUGGGCUGCUGAACAUCCCGUCUGAAGCUGGUACUCGUGCCUUCGACGCUCUCUACUACCUCAUCACGAGCUCGAGCUCGCCCAAGGAAAAGGAGCGUCUGGACUUGAAGCCAUAUUCGGCAUAUCAUCUGUUGAAAAGAUCAGGCACGUUCUUGCCGCCAUCCUACAUUCCGACCGCGGACGAUGCUGCGGCGGCAGAAGACUUUCGCAACAACCUGAAAAGCAUCGGCAUCAAAGGCCGCGCCUUGGUCAAUUUCAUCUGCUGCCUUGCCGGUUUGCUGAAGCUAGGAGACGUUUCAGACUAUUUCCUAAGCGCCGAGGAGAUUGACAGUAUCUGUGACGCUGUGUCCCUCCUUCUAGAUGUUCCCAAGGCUGUCAUCGACAAACAGUCUCAGGAGUCCACAGUCGAUGUUUUCAUUUCGGGAGUUUACGAAGCGUUGGUCGACUGGGUCAUUGCGCGUGCCAAUGCGGCAAUGCAGUACGAAAUUCGGACAGGAAAGACAAUCGGCUCGGAUAACGGCAUGGACACGCCACCUGCCCCAGCUGCCGAAGAAGAUGAGACAGUAAGCAUCAGAGUCAUCAACAUACCGGACCAAGACUUGGGAAAGGCUGUAGCGCUCCGUACCGUUUUCGACGAUAGUGAAGGCAUCAACGCCGAGAUGAAGGAAGAUGGUGUGGAAGUCGUCCCCCCUGGUGUAUCCGUAAUCCGGGAGAUGCAGACAGCGGUGCAAAAAGUAGAACCAGAUCUUGGUAUUAUGACCAACGCUGCCGGCCACGAGCGUGAACGUCAGCUGGAUCGGCGAGAAGGAGUUCUUGAAGCCGUGGCGCAGUCGAUCACAGACCUGGAUGACUGUUUCCUGACCGAGAUAUUGCAUCCAGUGAGCGGACAGGGUGUGGUUCUUGGAAACCACGGCCGCUUCGAUCUCGCUAAUGUGAUCAGUAGCAGCCGUGUGUGGUUCCAACUCAGCCUGCAUCCCACUGAUGAGGAUCCUGCAAAAUUGGCUGAUCUCACCCGGAACCAUUGGUCUGCAGGUGCAGUUUCAUCCCAGUUAAGAGCCUGGCGACUACCAGAAUGGGCAAAUCGACGUAAUCGUGCCCUAGACUACACUGCGGACUUUGCCCUCGAGGAGUUCGUGGACCGUUACGCUCCACUGGGCUGCCAGGAAGGUAGAGAGGGUAUAGAGAUGUGGUUGAUGGAGCGAGGCUGGUCCAAUGGUGAGGUCGUCGUAGGCAAGGAGCGCGUAUGGUUGCGUGAAACUGCAUGGUGGGAGGCUGAGACCAUGCUAGAGAUGCAGAUGCAGAACUCGAAUAUGCGAUCGCAGAGCGCUAUGGGUGGUGUGGCUCCAGCGCAACCACCGAUGGGUGGGAAUUAUUCCGUGCAUAGCCCAGCACUUGGGAGCAGUCUCUUCGGUGCAAACGCCGAUGACGCAAGUAACGAGAAUCUUCUCUCACGCAACCAGAGCUUCGCUGCGGCAAACAAGAGCCGCCUGACAAUGGCCUCGAAGGCAGGAACACUCCCUGCAAAUACUGGUGGCGACUAUGGUCUUGGUACCAAAGGGGACUCGUACAAGGGAGAAAUUCGCUAUGAAAACGAGCUCGAGUCCGGGAGACAUGUCACAGAGGUCCCGCAAUCGAAAUCUCGAAAGGCUUGGGUAGCACUGGUUUGGGCUUUGACUUUCUGGAUCCCUUCUCCACUUCUACACCUUGUUGGACGAAUGAAGCGCCCCGACGUCAGACUGGCAUGGCGAGAGAAGGUUGUCCUCAUGUUCCUUAUCUUCCUCCUCAACGGCCUCAUCGUUUUCUAUAUCAUCGAAUUUGGUCGACUGCUUUGCCCCAAUUUCGACAAGGCAUGGUUAUCGAAGGAGGUAGCGUAUCAUCAAGGAGAGAGCGAUUACUGGGUGAGCCAUGCCGGAUUCGUGUACGAUCUGACCAAAUUCUGGAGACUGCAACAUAGUGACACCAAUAUCGAAACCACGAGCGCUCUGAUGCUGCCCUUUGCGGGCACUGAUGUAACAGAGCUUAUUCGUCCCCCCUUGACGAAAGCUUGCCCAGGCUACGUAACCGAUACCUCUCUCUACCUACAAGCAAACAACACUGUCCAACUUAGCCAAGCGAUCCACUACCAAGGGCCUCUUCAAACCACACGGACUUCAAAGCUGGCAUCGCUAGACUGGUAUCAGGAUACAUUUCUGCCAAAGAUGAGAGAAUAUUACAAGGGUGAUCUGGUUUGGAGCAUCAAAGACGUUCAAAGUCAGGGCCAGAAUGACCAAAGAAUGUGGUUUCGACUGGGUAACGACAUAUACGAUCUUACGGACUACUUCUAUAAUCGCAACACUGUCCACAAGGAUGACCCCCGCUAUCAGUUCUUCCCAAGUGUCGUGGAGCAAGCUGUCCAGUCGAAUCCGGGUGGUGAUCUGACGAGCGCGUUUGAUGCCUUCAAUACAUCUACAAGGGAAACCACAUUGAAUUGCCUCAACAACUAUUUCUAUUUCGGUCGCACCGAUUUCCGAACCACCCCCCGCUGCCAGGUCAACAACUACCUUUUGCUUGCCUUCACAAUCAUCCUUUGUACAGUCAUUGCGGUCAAAUUUUUGUCUGCGUUGCAACUGGAACCUAAACGUCGGCCAGCUCCGCAAGACAAAUUCGUAAUUUGUCAGGUGCCCGCUUACACUGAGGGUGAAGAACAGCUCCGGAAGGGUCUUGACUCCUUGACAUCGCUGGCCUACGAUAACAAGCGCAAGUUGAUCUGCGUCAUGUGUGAUGGCAUGGUCGUCGGUGGCGGAAACGAUAGGCCAACACCGAAGAUUGUCUUGGAUAUUCUUGGCGUUGACCCGAAGAUUGACCCGCCGGCCUUGCCCUUCAAAUCGGUUGGUGAGGGUGCUGAGCAGCUGAAUUAUGGAAAAGUGUACUCUGGCCUGUACGAGUACGAAGGCAAUGUUGUGCCUUACAUCGUCAUUGUUAAAGUUGGAAAAGACUCCGAGCAAGGCAAACCGAAGCCAGGUAACCGCGGCAAGCGUGACUCCCAGGUCAUGCUCAUGAGCUUCCUGAACCGUGUCCACCACCGCGCUCCAAUGUCACCUCUUGAGCUGGAGAUGUAUCACCAGAUCUCCAAUGUCAUCGGCGUUGACCCAGAAUUGUACGAGUACUUGUUGAUGGUUGACGCUGAUACCAUGGUCACCGAAGAUUCGCUCAACCGACUCGUAGCAGCCUGCGCCAACGAUUCAAAGAUUGCCGGUAUCUGUGGUGAAACGAGCCUUGAUAACGAGGAUCGAUCCUGGUGGACGAUGAUCCAAGUGUACGAAUACUACAUUUCGCAUCACUUGGCAAAAGCAUUCGAGUCUCUCUUUGGAAGCGUCACGUGUUUGCCCGGAUGUUUCUGCAUGUACCGUCUACGAACCGCUGAUAAGGGCAAGCCUUUGAUCAUUUCGGACAAAGUCAUCAACGAUUACAGCGACGGACACGUGGACACAUUGCACAAGAAGAACCUGCUUGCUCUUGGCGAGGACCGUUACUUGACCACGUUGAUGAUCAAGUACUUCCCUUCAAUGUCCUACAAGUUCGUUCCAUCAGCUCGUGCCCUCACUGCUGCCCCUGAGACGUGGAGCAUCCUUUUGUCGCAGAGGCGUCGUUGGAUCAACUCGACCAUCCACAACUUGGCUGAGCUGAUGUUUGUUCACGAUAUGUGCGGCUUUUGCUGUUUCAGCAUGAGAUUCGUGGUGUUCAUCGAUCUCUUCGGUACCUUGAUUCUUCCUGCGACUUGUGCGUACUUGGGCUACCUCAUCUAUAAGGUCGCAACACACUCCGGCCAAUUUCCAAUCGUCUCGAUUGCUAUGCUUGCCGCAGUGUACGGUCUCCAGGCUCUUAUUUUCCUCAUCAAGAGGCAAUGGCAGCAUAUUGGCUGGAUGAUCAUUUACAUUCUCGCUUUCCCCAUCUACUCGCUUGCACUUCCCAUUUACUCCUUCUGGAAGCAAGACGACUUUUCGUGGGGUAACACACGUGUGGUGCAGCACGAGGAUGGUAGCAAGAAGGUCGUUCUGGAACCCGAGGCGCCGUUUGAUCCCAAGUCCAUUCCGUUGCAGCGCUGGGAUGACUAUGCUGCUGCCAAUGGUUUGCCGUGUCGACGGGGCCUACAGUACGAAAAGGAGGCGAAUGCGUAUGACUAUGAAGUUGAUGACGUCCAAUCGCAGUACUCAUAUGCGCGGCCGGCUUCCACGGUUCUAACUGGCAUGAAUCACGGUCACAUGCCGCCGCAAAGCCCGGGCCCAUACCAAACCAUGCAAGGGCGCCAGAGCACGUACUCGAACCUCACAGGCUACCAGAUGAAUAAUAUGUCUCAGGAUCGUCAUAUGAGCAUGGCGAAUAUGAGCGACGCCGGUAUGAUGAAUAGCGGUCAUCAAAACAAUCGACCCAGCAUGAUGUUCAGUCCACCAGUCGGCUCAACAGACAACUUGAUGACACCAAAUUCGCACAACUCGUUUGCUGGCUCCAGCCCGAAUCUACUGGGUGGGGCAUCUCGUGCUCGGAGCCCACUCGGCUUCGGCGGCCCCAAUAAUCGUGCUUCCGCGAUGAGUCGGCCGAUGAGCACCGUCAACUUCAUGGAUGGUCCAAGCCGUGGUCCGACCGACCAGGAGAUACAGGGAGCCGUAGCCCAGAUAUUGAGAGAGGUCGAUCUCGACUCAAUGAGUAAGAAGCAACUGAAGGCUCUCGUGGAGCAGAGACUACAGACUCAGCUUCAGGGCGAGAGAAAGAAUUUCUUGGACAAGUGUAUUGACGAUGAGCUGUCCUCGAUGGAUGUUUGAAGGUUUUCCUUGACUGGAGUAAAACUGUAAAAAGAAAUUUUUAGUAAAGUGUUUCAUGUUCUUUGGAGGAUUGGUAAGAGUUCCAAACCUAGCAUGAUGGACGUAAUUUGCAUUGAACCCUUCUUGACGGCGUUAAAGAUUUCGGAACGGCGUGUCAUUGGCGUCUAGGAAUCUAAUUCACUCCUUAAAAGACGAGAGGGAACAUUAAAACACUGAACGGGAAGUUUUUUAAAAAAAAAAAAAACCCUUGUAUCUAGCCUAAUGCUUAUUGAGCUAAUUAUCUGCAAUGCACAACUUCGUAUGACAUA